AUGGGGAUCGCUGCAGUCGGAGUCAUCUUCUGCGCAUCGCUAGUGCUCACGGGAUGGACAGCUGUGGCUACGGUGUUGACCCCGAGCUUUCUAUUGAUAACGCUGCCGUUGCCAGAGUGCAUACCGACCCAACGCCUCUACCGCCGCGUCACGCGCUUGAUCCAAUGGGCGUGGAUGGGUCACGUGGUUUUGCUGCUCGAGCACUUGUUCCGUAUUCAGGUGCGAGUGUACGGCGACGCUGCGACGAGAGCUCAUGAGAAGGACAUGUCGCACGACCGCGCGAUGUGGAUAUCGAACCACCGCACGCGCAUUGACUGGAUGCUGCUCUGGAGCGUGGCAUGGCGUACGCGCACGCUGCAGCACUUGCGGAUCGUGCUGAAGGCCCCGCUGAGGAGCGUCCCCGUCUUUGGCUGGGCCAUGCAGCACUUUGUGUUUGUUUUUCUCCAACGCCACUGGGAGGAGGACGUGGUGAAGCUGCGAAAGGUACUGCCGUUCCUCACGGCGGCCGAGCCCGACACUUCGUACCUGCUCUUCCCUGAAGGCACAGACCUCAGUGCGCGCAAUGUGGAAAAGAGCCAUUCGUUCGCUGAUAAGAACGGCUUCCCGCGACGUCAAUUCUCGUUGUAUCCACGCACGACGGGUUGGACAUUCAUGUUCCCGUUGCUCUGGUCGCAGCUAACGGCUGUAUACGACAUCACUAUGUUUUACGUGGACUACGCUGCGAACGAGCGCCCGUCAGAGCAAUCGCUACUUUCUGGUCGUGUGCCACGGAGGAUCAACUUCUAUAUUGAGCGAAUCGAUAUCUUGGCCGUCCGUGGCAAAAGUGAAAGUGAACUUGCAGCAUGGCUGGAGACCCGCUUUGAGCGGAAGGAGGCGCUGCUCAAGACAUUCUACGAGUCGGAUGGCAAGCUUCCGACAGGAGCCGAAACUUUGUUCGAGGAGAGUCAGGGGCCUGCUGCGGCUGCGUUAGUGGCGUUUUGGAUCGUGCUGCUGCUUGGUGUCACCACAUUGUGCGUGCUGGCUGGCAAGUUGUUCUCAUUUUUAGCUGCUGGGUUGAUCGUCACUGGAUACAUCACCAUCAGUGCUUUUGGCUCGGGCGUUGACGGCUACUUGGUAGAGAACUGUGAACCGAACGCUUUUCACGGUGCAAACAAAGCGUGUUGA